AAGCCCGAUCCGCUGCUAGUGCACUCCUGGGAAGAAAUCGAAAGGCUGCAAAAUGCAAACGCGGUGCUCCAAGAUAAAGCGAGGGAUCUUGAGGAAACUCUUGCCGAGCGAGAUUUCUGCGACGAUCCUGACGCCACGAUCCACUUCCUCAGAGAGAAGAUGAGAUAUCUUGGAGAGGGUUUUGGCGCUUGAAAAGAAAGAGUACUACUGCUCGCUACUUUCUCCUCUUCGUACACUUAGACCUCGUUUAAUCGUUUCCUCUUGCCAACAACGAACCAUUGGUAGCAAAAUGAUACACGUUAUUGAUCAUAUCAAUAUUGGAUAUUUAUAGGAAAUUUUAACCAAACCGAGCCUAAAAUCCUACAGAUCAGACAAGAGUAUAAAAUUGAUUACGGGACACGAUAUCGAACUCGAGGUUUGAGAGUGGCGCAGACCGAAGAGGACGUCAGCUGUCCCGCAAUAUAUCGUUUAAAGGACGAAGCUGCGUGAUCUCGCGAAACGUGAAUCGGCUGAACAACGAAAUUCCAAAGUUGUGGAGAAAUCGAUCAUAACCUCGGUGGACCUCUCGAAAAGCCGCGAUGAUCUGUGUUUGGGAAACGAACGUCUUCUUUCUCAAGCGACAGACUGGUGUAGUGCAUUGGUUGAGCUCGAAGGAAAGAAAAUGCUAGAAACGAUAUUGCAAACGGCCGAAACAAUCGCAAUGCCGGAGUAUAUUGAUAUUUCAGAUUUACUGGAUAAGUUGAACAAUUGCGAGGAUAUCGUGGCUGAUCUAAGAAAGCAGUUGGAAGAAAGAGACGAGCAGAUCGAUACAUUGAACAAAGGACUGGAAUCGAUGGUCAGUCAAAAAGGUUCAUUGGAACAGACAGAAGCCACGAAAGAGCAGCUCAGGAGGGAAGAUGACAAGAUCUCAGGAUUCUUGAACAACCCAAGACAAUCACAGACAGACUUGCUGGGAUUAUCUUCUCUGAAAUCGGAAGUGGGAAAUCUAAAGUCACAGUUACACGAUCUCAAAUCAGAGAGAAUUAUUGAACGAACUAAACAAACUGCGAGAAGCACCGAAGUAUAGAGACGAUGGGAUAACAGACUUACCGGAGCGGAGGAACAAGUUGGAGAAAGACUACAAGAACAAGACGACAGAAUUACAGUCAAAACUCGACCAGACAAAUGACGAGAUCGAUGAGUUGAAAGCUGAGAUAACCAAACUGAAGAAUGAGUUGGAAGAGUGUAAGAAGCGAAACGCGGAGCUGGAAGAGCGUUGUCUGGAUAAGCAUGCACUUUCGGAAAAGCUAUACGGCUUCGAAGGGGAGCUUGCAGCCGCGAAAGCGAUAACAGCGAAUCUCGAAAAAUGAGGUGGGCACCUUAAAGCGAGACGAGGAAAAUUUGCCGAACGAGUUGGACGAGGCAAGGAAACAGGUGGAGGUGUUGUUGACUGGGCGACUGGAGAACGAGAGGGCGGCCAGGACCGCGUUGCCGAAGGAACUGCAGAGAAACCGAGAUGAGAUUGAAAAGUUACAGACGGAGAUUUUUGGUCUGAAGGAAGAUGGACGCCGAGAGGAAGGAGAAGGACAAACUUCGCGAAGCGUUGCAAGCAUCGGUCGGCGAGAGCGAAAAGUUAAGGGUUCGGCUAGAGUAGCUGAAGAACGAGAACGACGGUCUGAUGGAAAGGACGAAGGAGCUAGACAAUUUGAAUAACCAGCUAAGGAACGGCUAGGAUAGCAUGAAGCAGGCUUUGGAUAAUUUGCAAGCAGAAAUCAACAAACUGAAGGAUGAGUUGGCCAAGGCGAAGCAAGAAUGCGAUGCGUUGUUGAACGAGAAUAAUAGUAUCGAAAAGCAGCUAGAACAAGCGAUGGCGGAGAACGAGGGACUGAGAGCCGAAUUGAACGAAGCUGAUAAAGAACUUAAUAAACUGAAAUUACUUGAAGGACGAGCCGCCGAACAGCCUCGAUGAGAUGGAGCUCGAGAACGAUUCGUUGAAACGAGAUAUGAAAGCGUUAAGGGAUGACCUUGAGGAUUCCAGAAGGCAAGCGAACGUGCUAGAAGCCGCUGCUGACGCGUCCAAAACGGCUAAGGAUAAGGAACUGGAACUUGCAAAGCUGCAACUGCAAGUAAAGGAGUUCGAGUUGGAAAAGAAUCGCUUAACGAAGGAAAAUGAUGAUUUCAGAUCUAAAAUGAUGGAAUUACAAAGAAAGUUGGAGGAGUUGGAUAAGACAAAGGGAAGAAACGCAGAUUUACUCGCUGAAGUAGAUCGUGUUUGUGAAAAUAAUUGGAAAAGGCGUUGGAGGACAUUGAUCCGAGGUUGAAAUACGAAACAGGUUCCUUGAAGGAUGGACUCGAUAAUUGCGCGGACGAGAUGCGAAAGCUGAGAACCGAGAGCGAUCAGCUUAAAUUAGAGAAUCGAGCUUUCGAGUCUGAUAUUCGCGAACUUGACGAUCGCUUAAAGAAGGAAAUCGCCAAUCUGAAAGCGAAAAACGCAGGAUUGGAACAGAAACUAGAGGCAUUGGAUAAAUGGAAGUCGAAAAACGCGGAUUUACUUGGUGAAAAUCGAUCGUUUGAAACGCGAAUUGGCAAAAGCCUUAGAGGAUAUCGAUCGAUCGAAAUCCGAGGUAGGUUCUUUGAAAAACGGACUGGAUAAAUGUGUUGGCGAGGUGGAAGUGUGAAACUCAGGCAAUGGGCGGCGAAGGGGGUCCGAGACAAGAGAUUGCCGAUCCGAAGAAAUUAAUCGACGAAUUAGAAGAAAAAAUUGCUAAACUGGAAGCAGACAUAGAUCAUUGGAAAAUGAAGAACUGCAAACUUCAGUUGGAGAUUGAUAAAUCAAAAGCUGAUUUUGAUAAAGCAUUGAAAUAUUUGCUCGAAUGCCAGGUAAAUUUUAGGUAUUUUAACAUUAAUCUUAAGAAGCGUAAUUCUUCGUUAAAGAUAUUAAAAAUAUCUUUUAUACGAGAAAUGUCUUCUUCGUUUAUUAAUUGUGAAUUGAAAUUAAUUAAUUAAUUGAAUUGAAAUUAAUUGAAAAAAGAAGCGGAACUUGAGAGGAGAAAGCGAUGCACAGAAAGCAGAGAUCGAUAGAUGGAGAUGAAACUCGAACGCAGAGGAGGCAAUUGCGGAAAAAUUGAGAGCAGAUCUUCGAAAUGGCCAAACUGAGAACGAUGGACUGCAGAAGCAAUUAAACGAAAUGGAAAAUGAGUUGGACGAAUUAACAAAAGUAAACGAUCGUAUAAAGAAUGAGAUCGAUAAACUGAAGCAAAGAUAGUAUCUCUGGAAAAUGAACUUUCUGAUUUGUUAGACGAGAAAAAAGAGUUGGUCAACGAAUUCUAUCGUUUAUGCGAACAGCUAAAAAAUCGUAGGAACGAGCUGGAGGAGCAGAUGGCCGCGAAAGAUACGGCCAAGGAGGAAUUGGCCGACGCGAAGGAACAGCUGGCCGCCCUAAAAGCGGCGUUGGACAAGGUUUGCAGCGAAAACGAUAAGCCGAGAAACGAGAACAAGGAGCUGAAUGUAGAAUUAGCCAAGUUGAACGAGCAAUUGGAAACUCUGAAGGACGAGAAUGCGAACCUGGAGAAUGAAAACGCGAAUCUGAAGAACGAAAACGCGAAUCCGAAGAACGACAAUGCGAAAUUGGCGGCGGAGUUGACUGGAACGAAAAACAAAUUGGCAGAAGCGGAGAAACAGGCGAACGAUCUGGAGAAAGAGAACGGCGACUUGAAGAACAAAAUAGCCGAUCUCGAGAACACGGUGAACGAGCCGGAACCCUUGAAGAAACAAUUAGAAGAUGCUAAGAAGGAGCUGAAUAGGCUGAGGCCUGAGCUAAAUAGUUCGAAAUCGGCGAAUACACAACUGCAAAAAUAUUUAAAUAACGCCAUAGAGGAAUGGAAUAGAUUGAGGAAUGAUUUGAACAAAUUAAAAAACGACUACGACAAAUCGAAGUCUGAAUUAGAUGACCUGAAGAAGGAGAUUGUUAAGCGGAGAACGAAAGAUUGCGUAAUGGAUUGAUAGAUUUGAACCCGGAAAAUUCAAAACCACGGGACGAUUUAAACGAGGCGAUAAACGAAGCGAAUAAAUUAAAAGCCGAUUUGGAUAAAUUGAAAAGCGAUUAUAGCGAGUUGCGGUCGGAAUUAGGUAAACUAAGGGACGAGAAAAAUAGACGCAAAGAACGCGAUGCUGCGUUAGCCACGGAUCUGGACAAAUUGAAGAAAAGGAAUGGCGAGUUAAAAGAUGGGAAUGAGAAACUGGAAAGCCAGUUAUUCGAUUGCCAAGAGGAGAAGGAAGGGCUACGCAAGGAAUUGGGAAAGCUGAGAGAAAAUGCCAAAUUGAAAGAAGUGAGAGAGCUGGAGCCCAAGGAAACGGAAAUAGACAAAGAUAUUUUGGAUGAUGGCUAUGAUUUCAUAAAGGCGAAUGAAUUACCAGAGAAGAAAUUUGAAAAACGAUAUGAAAAUAAAAAUUAUAUAGACUUUUCUGCAAAUAAAGAACGCGAAAGAUCCGAAGACUGAUUUUUGAAAAAGCGCUUUAUUCAUACAUGGAAAUGUUUGACACAUAGGAAGGUACAAAUAUUUUUUGACAUGUUAUACGAAUAUUGAUGCGUUACUGAAUCAUGUAAUAUCGUUAUAUUGUAUUAUCGACGUUGGUUACCGCAUGCAAAUCGCAAUGAUAUAGAUUAAUGAUAUUACUUAAUAAGU